ACCCACAGCCGGUACAAGUAUAGCUACAUCCUUUUCAACGGCUUUUGCAUUGGCUCGAGAGAUAAUCUCGCUUUCAACUGGAUUAAGCACAUAUUUUUGCAGACGACCUUGAAGCCGCAGGAGGUUAUAGUCUGGCCCGGCCUCUAUCACUCUUAUGCAAUCACGCUUCCCCCCCCGUUCUAAAGUCUUUCGAACCAUCUUCGAUAGGCAUACGCCUCAACCCUUUCCACUCCCUCCAUCGGCCUUGCUGUCCCAUCCUACUUUCGAAAUGACGAGGAAAGUAGACAGGCGGACGUACGCAGUCACGCGGCGGUUGAGCCGGUGGCAUCGGCAUGAGGACGAAAUGAUGAUGCUGGAAGAAAUGCAACGACAUGAAGAAGAACAGCGACGAAUGCCGGUGGUUGUCGUCAGCCAGCAUGCAAAUUCAGACACAGGAUCAAAGACAAAGCCGGUGGUGAUGUGGGGAAAGGAUGGGGAGUUACAGUUUCCGGGGCGGGAAGAAGGGAGUGGUGACCAUGGAGGGACAGGAGCGGCGGAGGUCAGAAUGGAGGCAGGGAUUACCCGAGCGCACAGAAGAAAAGGAAGACAACCGAGAAAGGAUGAGGAGCCGCCAGCCGAGACAUAGGAGAAGGGACAUGGGCGUUGAUUGAUGCUCCUGGACGGGGUUGGGUGGAGGCGGCAAUGCCAGGCUCGCGGCAAGUCGUCGAGAGUCUGAGAGACACCUGAGCACGGACGCCGGACAAAAGGCCCUCGGCCUCCCCAUGGGCCGCCUCGAUCGUCAUCGCCCAGCAGAAAGGAAAAGCUUUACCGGCCACCGAUCAUCGGGCGUUGAAUGAGGUUGUGCGUGACAGCGACGUCCAUCACCCGACAUAGUCGCUAGAUUCGUGCUUGGACGUGUUCAACGGGGCUCGAUACUUUGCGGUGACGGGCAUCCUGCUCGCGUAUCAUGAGACAGAGGGCGAGGCGGAUCCGGUGGAAAAGACGGCGUUCGUUCGCAAGUUUAGAGAGUACGAGUUCCGCAGAGCAAUGUUCGGUAUGAGAAACCUGCCAGGAUUGUGGAGGCGAUUAGCCGACCUCGUAUUUCGAGGACUCACGUGGAAAAUCCGGGUAGUCUUUUUCGACCCCAAGCUUGCGCGUAGAAACUCGUACCGACCGAGUAUACACACCAAGGCCGUUUGCUCUAUCGAGUCUGCCUCAAUAUCUAUCUGGUGAUACGCGGACAGGAUGUCCAUUACCGUGGAAUACUUGACCCCCUUAAAAACGUCCAAGCACGAAUAAUAAUAGACUUCGCUGGAACGCAACAUCUAAUUUUGGCCCGAUGAUCGAUUGCCAGUCGACCUAUUCUUUGCUGCUGGACGAUGACGGUUGGGCGGCUCAUGGGUGGCCGAGGGUCGAGAAACAUCGGAAGGAAAGAAACGUGGGAGAGGGACAGCGCGGGUACCUG